AUGGAGCUGGAACCACCCUCCGAUGCCAACCCGACACAACCGGAGCCACCUGGCUAUGUGAAUCCCCUCGAAUCCAGCUCGCGCUGGUACCUGAACGCCCGAGCGCAGGUCAUUCGAUAUGCCGCCAACGUCGGCUUCAGAAUCGCCAACCGCACCGAACCAACUGCCCCCGCGCCGACACGCGAAGUCUACCUCGAUUCGACAAUCUCCAUGCACAAGGGUCGCGAGAAGAUCAAAGUCGAGGUUUGGGAGCCGCCCAAGGUGAGCACGGGAGGCCGCCCUGCCGUGAUCAAUUUCCAUGGAGGAGGAUGGAUUCUGGGGCAGGGAACAGAUGAUGCUCGUUGGGCCGCCGGUUUGAUGACGGACGUUGACGCUGUGGUUUUCACCGUCAACUAUCGUCUGGCGCCCUCCCACCCGUUCCCCACGCCGGUAGAAGACUGCAUGGACGCAAUCUGCCAGAUUACACAGCGAGCUGACGAGUUCGGCAUUGACCCCUGCAAAAUCAUCCUGUCGGGCUUCUCCGCAGGUGCCACCAACACACUGGCGUCGUGGCUCUGUCUGCACGAUCCUGAUCGCUUUGGGUACGAACUACCGUCCAAGCCACCCAAACUGGCUGGCCUCGUCAUGUUCUACCCAGUUCUCGAUUGGACCAUUACGAGGCCGAUGAAGCGCCAGACGUGCGCUCGCCCAGAUCUGACUCUACCGAAGGGGCUGACAGAUCUCAUCGAUGCCUCGUAUGUGUAUCCGCCUCUGCCUCGCGAGAAGCGGACCGAUCCUCGGUUGUCGCCAGGCCUCAUGCCCGAUUCGCAGCUCAAGGAUAUACCACCGGUGCACCUCGUCGUCUGCGAAUACGACAUGUUGUUAGCCGAAGGGAACGCUUUCGCCAGGAGACUGAGCGCACUCGACAAACAAUUCACAUUCCGUCUUGUCGAAGGCGAGCAACAUGGCUGGGACAACCCGCCGCCCAUGACACCAAAGGAGAGCGUUCACGUGGAAUAUGGCGAAGCGAUCAGCGCUAUCGCCUCCUGGCUCGGGACCAAGCGGGAAACCGACUCGGAAUCGAUGAAGUCGAUGAAGACGAAGCGGCCUAUCCUCAAACGACCGUCAUACCUGGCGUCAUUCAGGUCCAGAACCGCACGAUAG